CCCCCGGCGCGCCAUUGGCACCUGGCUGUCGCUCGGCUCAGCUGCUCGAUCGCGUGGUCGUUCGAACACCCGUCGGUGGGGAAUGGGCAACCUGGUCUCAGCCGGGGCCGGGGCCGCGGCGGCGAGCGGCGGUGGGAAGGUGGUGAUGGCGGACGGGAGCGUGCGGGCGCUCAGCGAGCCGGUGUCCGUGGCUGAGCUCAUGAUGGACCACCCGUGCCACUUCGUCGUCGACGCGCGCGUGCUCAAGGAGCAGGGGCGGCGGGAGCAGCAGCAGCAGGGCGGCGGCGGCAGGGCCAAGGUCGCGCCGCUGCCGGCCGACCACGUGCUGGGCGCCGGCGGGGUGUACGUCCUGCUGCCAGCCACGCGGGGGAAGGUGUCGGCCGAGGAGGCGCGGCGCGCGCUGUCGGCGGCCAGGUCCCUGGCGCGGUCCCGGUCGAUGCCCGGUCUGAGGCGGAAGCUGUCGUCCAAGAAGGGCCGCGAGGAGGCUGCCCCCGACGUGUCAGCGCAGCGGGAGGCGACCACGGAGCCCCCGGAGGAGGAGGAGGCGGAGGCGGCGAGGCCGGACGGGUUCGAACACCGGCCGGAGUUCCUGAGCCGGGAGCUGUCUAGCAGGGGGUGGAAGCCGAGCCUGCGGACCAUCGAGGAGCGCGUGGCGCUCAAGAAGACGCCCCAUUGGCUGUUCUGAUCACCUUCCUCUGAUCCGUGAGCCGAUCGAGUAGGUGCUCUGAUCAUCUAAUCGUCUCCGUUUCCUCUCUUCUUCUCGUUCCCUCUCUCUGUCCCAAUGAAUGCCUGUUGUGAUCAUGUAGCCUGUCAAAAUGCAUGUAAGAUGAUGGCAUGAUGUGACUCGCAUGUGAUGCGCUGAGACAGCACGUCUGAAACUUGCCAUGUAAUUAUAGGAUUAGAUCAGAUGCUUGAUCAGGGCUUUGUCAUAUAAUGUUGAAAGGCCUCCAGAUGUUCUCACUGAGUCACUGACAUUGUAAAUUUUCCUUUCGCCCCUGCUAUUCAAACUUCUACGGUCGACUGUACGACCCUGAA